GAUUCAACGUGCAGGCCACCCGGUGACGGCCCGACUGCGCUUCGUUUGCGCCGACCAUCCUCCUUUCUUUUCCUUAUUUAACCCGCGACAGCGAGGAUGGCGAAGGUCGCGAUGCCGUCUUCCCUCCUCCUUUCUCCCCCGUUUCUUCCUGCCACAAAGAAAAUACUUCCUUUCCUUCUCCUGUACGCUUCCACCUUUCUUCCACUUCCUUCUUCCUUGUUCGCUCCUCUCUCUCUCUCUCUCUCUCUCUCCCUGAUCUGUUAGGUAUCUUUCUCUUCCAGAGAGGGAUACAGCGACAGGAAGAGAUACAUAGAGAUGCUGCAGAGAGCGGCUAGCAACGCGUACUCAUGGUGGUGGGCGAGUCAUAUCCGGACAAAGCAGUCGAAAUGGCUCGACAGCAACCUCCACGAAAUGGAGGACAUGGUGAAAAAAAUGCUCAAGCUCAUUGAAGCAGAUGCCGAUUCCUUUGCUAAGAGAGCAGAAUUGUACUUUAAAAGGAGACCGGAGUUGAUAGGUUUUGUCCAAGAUGCAUACAGGGCUUACAGAGCUUUGGCCGAAAGGUAUGAUCACAUAUCUGGAGAAUUGCACAAGGCCAACCACACUAUAGCAACUGCUUGCCCCGAUCAAGUCCAGUAUGCCAUGCUUGAGGAGGAGGAUAAUCUUCCAAAAGCAAUUAUACCUAUUGAUCCAAGUAAAAUUAACAAACCUCUAGUAGAAGGACUAAUGAACAAAAGAAGAGAAAGUGAAUCAUCCAUAAAGAAGCAACAGAAAAAGACUGAUGUGCUUCAGAUAAGUGAAGAAAAGGCCCGAGAGGAAAUAGGUAAGCUCCAGAAAGAAAUAUUGGUUCUACAAACUGAGAAAGAAUUCAUCAAGAGUUCAUAUGAAAGUGGGAUAGCCAAAUAUUGGGACAUUGAAAAGAAAAUCAUGGAUGCGCAAGAAAAAGUUUCCCAGUUGCAAGAUGAGUUCAGUACCAGUGCAAUCAUUGAGGACAAUGAGGCACGUUCUUUAAUGACAGCUACGGCUCUUAAAUCUUGUGAGGAUGCCAUGGUUAACUUGCAGGAACAGAGAAGGAAAUCCCUGGAGCAAGUGAAAGUAGAGUCCGAAAGAAUUAAGGUUGCUAAUGAAAAGCUGAAGAUUCUCAAAAGUGAGAAUGGCCAACUGGAGGUGGAAAAUGCAGAGAUGUCCGGCAAAGCCACACAGAUGAACUUUUCUUCUGAGAAAAUUGAGGAUGAUGCUUUAAACAAGGCAAGGCUUGACUUACAGUCCAUCUGUGAGAAAACUAAGAUGCAUUUUGAGACGAUUCCUGAAAGUUCUGUGAUUGAAAUUGCUGAAAAGAUUAAUGAGCUUGCUAAUAAAGUUUUCACAUUGGAAAUGACUGUUUCAUCACAGUCCGCGCAAAUUAAUCAAUUGACUUUGGAAAACAAUGAUCUUGAUAGAUCCCUUCAGAAAUUGGAAGAGGAGAAAAUGACUCUCAUCAAUGACUCAGAUGCAUUGUCUAAAAGGCUGAAGGAAGCUGAAGAAGAGUUAACCAAAGUUCAAGCGAUUGAGAAAAUUAUCCAUGAUGAAGAAUUCAGUUUCAGAGAAAACUUUGUAGAAACCUGUCACAAUCUCAGCAAUAUUUCAGAGAAGCUGCAGUCUUUUAAAGCUACAGAAGAUGGUUGGACUCAAGAUGCAUUCAUAGAGGAUGAAUCUUCAACACUUAACACUGAACCAGAGCAACUAUUUCAAGGUAAUGAAAUAACUGAAAUUGAUGUCAUUAAUGACGAUUUGAAAGAGGAAAUUCAUGCAACUCAAGAACAUGGAAAUUGUCAGGAAGAUGCUUCCCAAACUGAAGCAGGUUCUCAACUGAAGGGUGCUUUAGAAAAGACUGACGUAGCAACUGAAGCACUGGAAAUUAACGGAUUGGGGUCAUCACAAAUCAAUUCUAGCGUGCAUCUAAUUAUCAGUUCAGAAAGUUUGCUUGAUGGAAAAGAUCACACUCCUACCUUUUGUCAUAACAGUCCUAGUGGUUUAGACAGUAAUGAAGGGAUUUUGCAGGUGGAGUACACACCAGUAUUAACAAAUAACGAAGAGAUGAAGAAAAGACUCUCUGAAAUGGAGGAAAAAAAUGACCAACAUAUUCAAGAUACAAUGACUUCUUUGAUAGCAGAACUGAAGAACGUCAUUGUAGUGAAAGAUGAGGAGAUACAGAUGCUGCGUCAAAAGUUGGCCUCUCCAAAGACAAGUUCUGUUCUUACAUUAAACUCGUGGCAUGGCCAACAAAAGGUUGAAAACACAUCUGACUCUUCGAUGUGCCUACAGAACUAUAAAUCUCAAGAUUCUGACACAGCUGAUGUGCUAAACCCAUCAUCAAAUAAAAGUGACUCAAUUGCUGUGUCUACCGAAAAGGGCCUUGCUGAGAACAUCGAUGAUGAUCACAUAAAUGAGCAGGAUAGUAUUUCACCUAUCGCAGAAAAGUUCAGAAGGGAUAUUGAUACUCUGAUUGAGAGAAAUUUUGAAUUUUGGCUAAGAUUCAGUACAUCAUUUCAUCACAUGCAGGAGUUGAAAUCCAAAUAUGAAGACCUACAAAAUGAUUUCAGUAAGCUGAAUAAAAAGGCAUUGGCUGAGGAUAGCCCUUCAGCCAAUCAGGAUAGGAAAUCUGAGUCAGCACCAGUAGCCACAAGACUGAGAGAAUUGAAAAUGGAACUUGGCGUAUGGUUGGAAGAGAGUGCAUUGUUGAGAGGUGAGCUGCAAAGUAGGAUCUCAAGUCUUUCUGAAUUGCAAGAGGAGAUAUCCACUGCUAUGAAUACCAAAAUGGAAUCUGUGGAAGUUUUGUUCGCUUCUUAUGAAGCUGCAAAGUUUCAUGGUGAGGUAAUGAAUAUGAAACAGGAGAACACUAAAGCGAUUGGUGAACUGCAGUUGGGGCAAGACCAAGUCAAGAAGCUUCAAGCUGAAAUUGAGGAUCAGUUGUCUAAAUUGUGUGAAAAUUUUGAACCUUUUCCUCCAGGCAGCCCUCAUGAUGACUUGGAUAGUCCUCCAAGGGCUAGAGUACCCUUGCGCGUUUUCCUUUUUGGUGCCAAGCCUAAAAAGCCAUCAUUCUUUGAACGCAUACAACCGGUGUUUCAGAAACAAAACAUGAAGCUUAGAGUUGGACGCCGGUUUAAACAGCUUCAGCAAUCAGAAGAGUAACUCGUUACUAGUUGCAAAGUAGUACAACUACUCCCCUUACGAUGUGAAGAGGCUCGUCAAACAUUUAUUUUCUUGUUUGGAGAAUGCCUUUGGUUUGCUUUAUUCCUUUUCCUCUGCUGGCUCACUGGAAGAGCUUUUGUUAGUGAAUUCCGUUGGCUAGCUUUGGAACCAAGAGCAUUUUCUUGGCGAAAAUUGUUUCUUGCUUUAAAAUUGUUUCAGGUUUGAGUUGUGGUCAUGCAUGUAAAAUAGGUGAUGCCGAUUCUUUGCAGAGAAAUAAAACCUCAUCUACUUUUUUUUUUUUUCAAACCCCAGAUUCCUGUCUCCCAAAUUGUGAGUGGAAAAGUAGUCAACAACUUGUAUAUUGUCGUCCAUAUUUAAUCUUCUAGUAGUUUAUUUCAUAGUGUAAUUGGAACUGAUGCUGAUUAGUCUUGAUUAUCACUUUGAUUAUUCCAGUAGGAAAUUUCACUAACGCAGGUACGUCCUUUACAACUACUAGAACUUUUAUUUUUUGAUUCUUUCAUCUUGGACUAAACAACAAAAUGGUUUCUCCUAGUGCAUCUACUGUGUGAAAAAUACAAGGGCUUCUGCUUCAAAUCAUGUAGUUUCUUGUCGGCCUGAGAAAAUGUUUAAAGUGUAAUUCCAAAAUAUAAUUUUAUAUAUCAAAGUGCUUUUAUUGUGCUUAUUCCUCGCGUGAAUAGGACGCCAAAGGGAAAUACUUUUUGAGUUGUUUGAAUAAGAAAGAAUUAUGCUUACGGGUAGAAUUGCAUGUCGAAUUACAAUUUUUUAGGAUUAUCUGAUUAUCUCAAGAAUCCAUGGUUGAUGCUUCUCUCUUGGUACUUAUAAAUACAUGCAGGAGUAUACAUUCCUUCACAAGCACUACAAAAUUUUCUAUCUGCUGUCACUACCGAUCAAAUUUGAGGAAAAGACGAGAUGGGGAAGGAAAGCAUCAGCAAAGGCUUGAAUGGCUGGGGUUCUUAUUCAGGCUAUGGAUAUCCUCCGGCGACCGGAAAUUGUUAUAACCAUAACGGUCAUGGAUACUACCCUCCAGCACCAUCAUACCCUCCUGCCGCAUACCCCCCCUCGCAUUAUCCUCCUCCUUCCUAUCCACCAUCACACCAAGGACAUGGAUCUCGUGUGGGGGCAGCGUUAGCCACCGCCGCCGCUGCUUAUGGAGUUCACCGCAUAGCUCAUGGUUCUCACCAUGGUGGCCAUGGCUAUGGAGCAUACGCGGGGCAUAUGCCCGGUGGCCACUACGGCAAGUUUAAGCAUGGCAAGUUCGGAAAGCACAAGCACGGCAUGUUUGGAGGCAAGUUUAAGAAAUGGAAGUGAUACUAACUGAGACUAAAGAUGAGAUGAUCAUAUAUCGCAAUAUUCUUCUUUCUGGCUUCAGUCACAGUAGUGGCUCUAUGGCAUAGAUAUUUCAAUAUGUAUUUGUUGCUUUGGAAUACUUAAUGACUGAAUAAUAUAUAAUUAUAAUAUUGUAUUUAGUAA